ACCAAGGACCACUGGACAUUGAGUGACUGCUGUCACCAGCAGAUAAUUAGAAGGUGGAUCAAGUGAUUAUUUUAUAUUCUGGAGACAAAAUUUAUGAUAACUACUAUCAAGAUCUGAAAGGGCGAGUACAUUUUACAAGUAGUGAUCUCAAAUCUGGUGAUGCAUCAAUAAAUGUAACAAAUUUACAGUUAUCAGAUAUUGGCUUAUAUCAGUGCAAAGUAAAGAAAGCUCCUGGUGUUGCAAAUAAGAAGAUUCAUCUGACAGUUCUUGUUAAGCCUUCAGGUACAAAAUGUUACGUUGAUGGAUCAGAAGAAAUUGGAAAUGAUUUUAAACUGAAAUGUGAACCAAAAGAAGGUUCCACUCCAUUACGAUACGAAUGGCAAAAAUUGUCUGACACACAGAGAAUGCCCACCCCGUGGUUAGCAGAAAUGACUUCAUCUGUUAUAUCUGUAAAAAAUGCCACUUCUGAGUACUCUGGGAUGUAUAGCUGUACAGUCAAAAACACAGUGGGCUCUGAUCAAUGCUUGCUUCGCCUGGACGUUGUUCCUCCUUCAAAUAGAGCUGGAACAAUCGCGGGAGCUAUUAUAGGAACUUUGCUUGCUCUAGUGCUCAUUGGUCUUAUCAUCUUUUGCUGUCAUAAAAAACGCAGAGAAGAAAAAUAUGAAAAAGAAGUUCAUCAUGAUAUCAGGGAAGACGUCCCUCCUCCAAAGAGCCGUACGUCCACUGCCAGAAGCUACAUUGGCAGCAAUCAUUCAUCUCUGGGAUCCAUGUCUCCUUCCAAUAUGGAGGGAUAUUCCAAGACUCAGUAUAACCAAGUACCAAGUGAAGACUUUGAACGUGCUCCUCAGAGUCCAACUCUCCCACCUGCCAAGGUAGCUGCCCCUAAUCUAAGUCGAAUGGGAGCGGUUCCUGUGAUGAUUCCAGCACAGAGCAAGGAUGGGUCUAUAGUGUAGAGCCUUUGUAGCUCUCAUCUAUUCUGUGUUUCUUUUCUUUUCUUGAUGUAUGAAACCUACGCUGGUCUUAAUUUUGUUACCAGCCUCAAAAUAUAUCAAAAAGAAGUUGAUCACAAACUGUAUGAAAUAUACUUCAAGAAAUUUUGUGUGGUUAUAUUGAAAGAGUAAAGGCAUUAAAGUUAGCAAAGACAAAGUCACAAAAGCUGGAUUUCCCUUAAGAGGUUGAUUUUAAAGGCUUCUAAAUAUCAAUACCCAAGUAACAUGUAGCACUUUGAAUAUGAAAUUAUAGGUGAAGACAUUAGUGAAUUUACGUGCAUACCAAGUUAAUACUUGAAUCAUUUGGAAGUGGUACUUUGUCAUCUCUUCCAUUAUUUUUAGGAUGUGUCAUUUACUUAUGACUCAGAAAUCUCUCCCCCAAAUUAGUAAAGAAACAUCUGUGGCAAGAUUACUUAUGUAUAUUUGUGUACAUGUUUUUAAAGCUUCUUUGGAAAGUCUAAAUGUGUUUGGAAUAUCCGUAAUAACAGAAAACACUACAUUAUUUAAGGAUUUUUAGUUUUUCAAGUUGUUCAUAAACUUUAUCUAUGAAAUGAUGGUCUUAAAUAUUUAUUGAUAGAUGAUAGAUUGCUUUAGGCAUCAGGAGCAUAGUAAGCUCUCUUUAUGUGCUAAAGUGAAGAAGCAUCUAUCAGAGUCAUUAGAACAUGUACUGUUAGCUACAUGGCACUACUGGUGCAAUGGUGGGUACAGAUUUUCUUGAAUAUUGAUCUGAUGCCUCGAGGCCUUUUACUGAUCUUCAAAAUGGUGACCAGCCAGAUUAAAGAUACACUAUUCCAUAGUUCCCAGCUAAGCACUGGCUCUCUCCAGUUCAGAUGAUAUUUUUCUAACAAAAAAAUUUAUUAUUUGACAAUUAUAGAUUAAAAUUCCCUAAUUAUCAAUUCUAAAUUUUUAGUGUUUUUUUUUUUUUCCUGGCACAGAGGUUUUGUUUUGUUUUUGAAUAAUAUUGCAUAUUAUUUAUUCUUUUAAAAACAUGUAAUCCUAAAUUUAACCUCUUGAAUGCAGUUUCUGGAAUAUAAUCUUCUUUAUAUAUUUACUCAGAAUGAUCAAAUGCAGUUUAAGCAAAUAAAGGUCCUCCAUUAAUUCUGCAGUCCAGACUUGGGAGGAUACCGUUGCUGUUUUGUGGCCAAACACAUUUUUGUGUAGUUCCAGCAUAUCAAGUUUGAGUCUUAGUUUUGUGAAAGUGAUUUAUUCUUUAAUUAAAAAGAAAAAAAGAAAGAAAAAGGAGUAAAGGGAAUACUCCUGCCUGCCAAAUGUAUUAAAUACUGUUUUAGUAGAGAAAAGUGGAUUUAUUGUAUUUCCCUUAAGAUUGCGAGGGAAUGUGAAUACAGUAGAAUGAACCAACAGUUUCGUUUUAGUAAGUAAGGUCUGCAAUAAAUUAUUUCACUAGCUCUAAAACCUUUUCCCUAGAUUUUAGUAGGGAGUUGGUUCCUGUUCAUCUCUUUCGGUGCUGUGGUGGUAAAUGCUACAUUAUAAGUAAAUGUUGGCAUGUACUUAUGAUUAGGCAAAGUAUUGUGUACAUUUCUUAAUGUUAAACUUAAGCUGAAUGUGUAAUGGAUUAGUGUAUAGUUUUACAUAUUCUAAAGCAUUUUAAAAUAGGUUUUUAACUUUACAUAAGAUUACUUUUAUAUUUGUGUUAACAUUUUUAACUGUGCCUUUUGGGUAAUUUAAUUUGUUAUGAAUUUCUGGUGCCUAUGAGCUAGCUACCACCUGACAGGUGCUUAGAGGUGAAGGUACUGUUUCUUAAAAGUGCAUCACUGUGACACCUUUCUAUCCUCAUACUUUCAAUCUUGCCUCUUUUUUGUUCUUUUUGAGCAUAACUUAAAUGAUUAUGUUAUUCAUAAAAACUGAAAACAUCAGCAUCCCCAACACUUUUUGACUGUUUCUGAUUUAAUAACAGUAGCUAUAUUUGAUUGCCAAAUGUUCGGUCUGUUUUAUAUGAAUAAAAUUUUAUUUAUAAGAUAUGAGAAUAAACAGAGGACACAGACUUGUAACAAUGAAAACAUUUUCAUCCUUCCUAUUCCUGAUCUUUAUUUAAUGAAGAUCAUGCUAUCAGUCUAAGCAGAAAUUACUUCAGAAAGUGGACUUGUGUAAGACUUCCCUUCUCUUAGCAUUCCUAUUGGUGAUAAGCAAAUCAGAAUCUCUUCCAGAAAGACUUUGAGUUUAGAUGUAUACCAAGCAAUCUGAAAUUUAUGUAGCUUGAAAAGACCUCGUGGGUGUGAGUUUAGCAAGUAUAGUUUUGUUUUAGGCUUAUGUUUCCAGCUACUCUCAUUGUAAAAUUUCAGUUGAUCCAAAGAUCAGGUAGUACUGAAAGUUUCUCAAAUUAUAUUCUUUCAGUUGAAUUAGAGAUCCCAGAUAUUUAUUCUAGAAUGACUACUGGUAGUCUUCUAGUAGUUCAGCAUAGCAUUAUUAAAGCAUGUCAGUUAGAGAGACAGACACCAGUCAAGGAUGGCACUGACGAUGAGACUAUGCCAUCUUUUUAAAGUUAAAGUGAAAUGAUCCUGUAGAGUAUCUAUAGUUCUGUAUUUUAAAUAUUGAGUGGAUUAUAAGUAUUCUUUUCCUUAUUUGCAAUCUUACUAGUAUUCCCUUGUUAUCUUACUAAUAACACUUGGCUCCUAUAAAAAAAAAGUCUAUAAUUGAUCACAUUGACAGUUAUUCUGGACAGAUUACUCUCUUAAAUUUGAGCUUUCUGCCAUGGACAUGUUACAGUAAAAACACAUUCUAAGUGUGUCUUAGGGGGAGAUUAACUGAAAAAAAACCCCAAAUUAUCCUAACUAUGGAUAUAAAGAAAUGAUCUGAUUUUUAUUUAAAAGAUAUUUUUUAAAAUUUAUGUUUGAGUUCUGGAAAUUUGGAAUAAGUAGAGGGGCACGCAGAAAUUUGGAUCAAAUGUGGAAAUAACUCUUUGCACAAAAUUGGCUUAUCACAUUCACUUUUAAAAAUAACUGCUCAACAUCUUGUGUGUGUUCAGCAUGUAAAUUUUAAGUUAUGUGAAUGUUUGGACUUUCUAAUUUUUGUUCCAACAGUGUUUAGGGCUUUCAGAUGCCUUAUUCCAGUGUGAACAGAAAACGUUCAUGUUUCAUGUGGUUUAUGCUUUGCUGUGUCACAUGAGUAGUUAGAAAAUGUUGGCACAAUUUUAACUUUAGUGACUUGUGACUAUAUAUUAUAUAUAUGUACAUAUAUCUUAAUAUUCUUGUGUUUAGUAGUGUAAAUGUUUCUGGGCAAGUUUUAAUAUUUCAGAUGCCUUUGGAUAUUCCAGCAAUAAGGCAACAUGUCCUUCAACAGAGUUUGAUACUCAUUUGCCUAUUUUGACACUAACCAAUCCAUAACUGAGCACAAAUUACUUUUCUAAAUGUUACAGAAGCAGGGAAGAAUAUAAAUAAAUUUGUGAAUUGUGGUUCUGUUUAUUUCUCUUUAGGGAAGGCUGAUCAUUUAUCUUAUAAUGGUAACAUCAGCCUCCUACUAAUUAAAUCAAGUUUUACAAAAUAUAUAUCCUAUUUUGUAAUUUAAGAAUAUCGUGAAAAUCCGUUGAUUUGGUUUUAGUUAUGAACAGUAAAAGUUCCAUCAAAGAACUUUUGCCUUUUCUGAUAAUUUAUUUAAUGUCACAAGUGUUAAGAGAACCACAGCUCAUUGAUUUACUUAUUCUCGUCCUUAACUGUGAAUUUUAGUAAGACUCUUGUACUACUGAGAAAAAUAUUUGGCACAUGUCUGCAAAGUAGGAAAUUGAUAGUGUCAGUUUCAGGUUUUGUAUUUAAAAUUUCUGGCUUACAUAACCCAAUGGUGCAGAUUUUGAAAUUUGUAAGAACAAAUUUGUUUAAAAAGACAAAAACUUGCUCUAGUUUUGUGACCUUGUGUACUUUUGAAAUAAAAUCAAGAAAGCAGU